AUGAUACCUCGCUCCGAUGUUAUGUGUUAUAUGACGGACGAAAGCUUAGCACCUUUUUAUCGAAAUCGAAGGAAUCCGCCGUCGUCUUCUGGUGGAAGCGACCUUCGAAUCUCUUCACGCAACACUUCCACUCGAAAUGGAAGUAAACUCAACAAUUAUGAAACAAGAGAUUCCUCUAAACCCGAACUUUUCUUCACAUAUAUUCUUAUCUACAUUCCUACAUUCGUUCCUUUUAUUCAGGAUGCUCUUUCAAUCGACUCCCUGAUCUUCCGCUUAGUUGUGAAGUCCCAUAACCGGCAAAACGUUGGGAUUUCGACCACUUCAUCUGCUAUCCUGUGUCGAUCACAUGUUCAGCCACUUCUAAUUGCGGUUCUGUCUUCUGAUGACCUCUUCUGUAUGGGUCGACAUGUGACCCCCACAUAA